GGAGAGAAAAGAAAGAGUCAACUAUACACAGGAAAAUGGAUAUUUAAUUUAAGCAACUUCAAUCAUCCAACACAUCAACCAUGGCUUAAUUAUAUCUUACGCCAUGCCAUUAUUGCAGUUUGAUCAUUUUCUUUAUAUCUGUACAUUUGUUCAUCCAUCAAUAAUGAUAUUAGAGAAACUAGCAGUAAUAGUAGGUUCCCUUGUAGGACCACAAUGCAAGUUUGGGUUUCCGUGUCUACCAAUAAUUCAUUAUAAGGACAAAGAGAACAGCCUCAUUGGACCACGUGGAGUGGAUGGAUAUGAACGUGACGAUGCCUGCUGUAGUUGGGGAAAGAAGAAAUGAAUACUUGGAAAAAAAAAGGGUGAACUGGAAUUGGCAUUUUGUGGUGGAUAAUUGAAAUUUGAGAUGACAAAUCACCUUACUGACUAGGACGUGUCUCCUUUAUCAUCUUCUUCAGUUUGUAGUGCUUCUUGGAAGCUCCCGGACUCCAAGACCAGAUUAAUCAACACCGUCAAUCUUAUACAAUCAACGGUGUCGAUCUGUCCGGAGUCCGAAAGCCUUCUAGAAUCCCCUGAUUCACCUUGACCUCCAAAUCCUGUGGUGCCAGAAGUAUGGUGCAUGGAGGGCUUCGGCAGCUUCUUCUUCCUCAGCCAUCCAACACUAUGAGAUGCCAAAGCUGCCCUAUAAGCAACAUCUGCCCUUUCAGGUUUGCUAUGCUGCUAAUUAAUGCAAAUAACUCGUCGGAAAUGAAGGGCCUGACCUGUUUUCUCUUCCUCUUCCUCCUCCUCCUCCUCAGCUAUGCCAUUUCUGGAACCAAAGCAACUCCUGCAGAUCAACACAGGACUGAUAAUGCCGAUGUCAAUUUUGAGUUCCCGAAUCCCCGGCUGAAAAUGGCUUACAUUGGCCUUCAGGCGUGGAAGAAGACGAUCCACUCCGAUCCCUUGAAUUUCACCACCAAUUGGGUUGGCCCCGAUGUGUGCUCCUACAAGGGGGUGUUUUGCACUCAGGCGCUCGACAAUGCCACCAUCACGGUGGUUGCUGGCGUCGACCUCAACAAUGGCGACAUUGCCGGGGCCAUUCCCUGGGAGAUCGAGCACCUCAAAGAUGUCAGCCUCAUUCAUCUCAAUUCCAACAGGUUUUGUGGCAUCAUCCCUGAAAACAUAAAGAAGCUGACCCUUCUUUACGAGCUCGACGUGAGCAAUAACCGGUUCGUGGGAGGAUUCCCGGACCCCGUCCUGGAACUUCCGAGCCUCAAGUUUCUCGAUCUCAGAUUCAACGAUUUUGAAGGGCCGUUGCCUCCGGCCCUGUUCGACAAGAACCUCGAUGCAAUCUUCUUGAACAACAACAGAUUCUACUCCAUAAUCCCCACCAACUUCGGCAACUCCCCUGCCUCCGUGGUGGUGAUGUCCAACAACAACUUCACCGGCUGCAUUCCGACCAGCAUCGGAUCCAUGGCUGGCAAGCUGGACGAGUUCAUCGCCUCCGAUAACUCCCUGUCGGGAUGUCUCCCCGAAGAAAUGACCCUGUUGAGCUCGGCCACUGUUUGGGACAUCAGCAGUAACAAGUUCAUGGGAGACCUGCCGAGAGGGAUGGAGUACAUGCAGGAGCUGGAAACUGUCAACAUUGCCAACAAUUUCUUCAGAAGCAAAGUUCCUGACAGCUUGUGUACCCUCCCAGGCUUGAAGAAUCUUACGUAUUCUCUCAACUAUUUCGACUCUGAGGAUCCUCUGUGCCACCCUGGUGCCCUACCAGGCCUGGUUGUGAAGGAUGACAGCAAUUGCUUCGCCAGGGAAGAACACCAGCGGCCGGAGAAAGAAUGCCGUCUCGAAUUGAGUAAGAAAGCCGAUUGCAAGGCCAAUUGCCGGCCGACCAGCGGCAGAGAGGCGCCGAAGCCGGUGCCGGAGGGUCAGGCUCCGGGAAGGCAGCCGUCACCUUAUGGUCCGCCGCCGAAGGGCUCGGUUCCGGUUGAUAAUGAACCGGAAAAGCCGGCACCUGUGCCUUCUCGGAACCUUCCAGAAGGUUCCGAGCCAGGGCGUGCUUCCGCGCCUACACCUGCUCCUGCUCCCAAGCCGGUUAUAACGCCAGAUGGAGAGUUUUACCCGCCGCCUCUUUCCGCCGUCCCGCCAUCGCAAUCACAAUCAUCUCCGACGCCGCUGCCACCGGUUGAAUCAGCUCCUCCACCUCUGCGAGUGGUUCAUUCGCCUCCGCCUCCUUCAACAGCACGCUCAACUCCUCCGCUGUCGCCGGGACAAUCACCUCCUCCAACACCACGGCAUGUUAAUUCGCCGCCGCCGCCUCUGCCACCACAAUCACCGCCUCCAGCACCAAGAUCUGGUAAUCCUCCGGCGCCACCACAGUCACCACCACCAACACCGAGAUAUGGUAAUCCUCCGGCACCACCACAGUCACCACCACCAACACCGAGAUCUGGUAAUCCUCCGGCACCACAACAGUCACCACCACCAACACCGAGAUCAACUAAUCCUCCGGCUCCACCGCAAUCACCACCGCCAACACCGAGAUUGGCUAAUCCUCCAGCACUGCCACCAACGCCGCGAUCCAGUAGUCCAUCGCCGCCACAACCACCACCACCGCAAGGACAAUCACCACCACCACAAGGACCAAGGCGUCCUAGCCCAACGCAACCGCCACCGCCUCCACCAGCUCCUUCAACAACACCACCGCAAAUGCAAUCGCCGCCACCGACACCACGAUCCGUACCAUCGCCGUCUCCGCCUCCACCACAACCACGAGCUCAAUCACCUAGUCCCCCACCACGAACUGACAAUUCACAGCCGCCACCAGCACCAAGACCAGUACAAUCACCUCCUCCUCCACCACCGCCACCACCACCACCACCACCACCACCAAAAUCAGUACAAUCACCUCCUACAACACCGGGAUCCGCUCAUUCACCCCCACCCCCACCCCCACCGCCGCUGCCAAUGCAAGUACAAUCACCGCCACGAUCUACCCAAUCACCACCGCAACUACAACAGCUUCCACCUCCAUCGCCACCAGAUUACCCUCAGUCUCCGCCUGCUGGUCGGCAAGCGCCGCCGCCUCAUGGUUUCCCGCCAAUAAAAUUCCCACCGAUAUUGGGCGCACGCUACGCGGCUCCACCGCCUCCACUAAUCCCUGGAUACUAAAUGACAUUUCUAUAGUUGGCCGCCUUCUGCUACAAAUCCACACCAAAUGCAGUGCAGUGCAGGAUCAUCAUCAUCAUGGGAUGGCACAAGACAAAAGGAAAUUCAAUGUCAGAAUUUGGCAGCACAAUUUUUUUGUUGGCGUAGGAAGUGUAUAUGGAACGUAGACCAGUAGUAGAGUUAGAGUAGAAGAAUCUUGACUGUUGUUGCUGAUCUGAGAGAGAGAGAGAGAGAGAGAGAGAGUCAAGUUUUAAUGGGACUGACUCACUGACUAAAACUAAAUGAUCGACUGACCCUAGCUAGCUAGUCUAGUCUAGUCUAGUCUCUGAUAAAAUGAAAUCAAACCCAACCCAACCGCAAUUUGGCUAUGCGUUCGUUCGUUCAAUCACAACUUCAAUACUUGGGACGACACGACACCCCACACCAAAUAUAAUACUACAUGUAAAAGGCUUUCUUUUAAAUGAAUGUUUAACAUAACAUAAUAAUUAAACUAUUUGAUGCUCAAAAUAUAUAUAUAUAUAUAUAUAUAACUAGUUACACAUACACUGAAAGAAAACUAAUUAUCACACCUAUCGAUCUUCACUUGAGUUCAAUCGGCGAUCGAAUUCGAAUCAUCUGGUCAUUUUGAAUCGUUCUUUGCCCAACGGAUUAAAAAAC